AUGAAUUUUAAUGUUUUAAAGUUGUUGAUUUAUACGUUAGUAGUGCAUGUUAUUAAUCCAGAUAUUCCAAAUAAGGUUACAGCAGUUUUCGGAUGUGUUUCGAAUAGAAGUAAGUUAAAUAAAACAGUUAAUGAUUUUCAAAGGGAAUAUAAUCUCAUAAGAGUCACAGAAAAUAUAACUCGGGAUCAAGGCGAUGACUUCGGACAAGUACCUAAUGAAUUUAUCGCUUUUCAAAUAGAUUUACUUCUAAUAUUACAGCAGAUGGCCCACGUGCUCAAUGAAAGAAACCGAACUGGAUUCACGUACAAUGAAUAUUUUGUAACUGUNCGGAUGGCCUUCGAAUAG